AUGAACAAAACUUGCCAUGAGCCUACACAAGAGGCCUCUUGGCUGGCUAUGACAGAGAGUGUUGGAACUGAAUAUGCUGAAAAAUAUAGACAAGUGGAGGCACAAGAGCUAGAUGUAGUUGGAAAUGAUCAUCUUGUCUAUAAACCAGAUACUCCAUUGUCUAAGUGUGAAUCAAGUGAUUGGACUUCUGUACCAAUAACUAACCGUAAAUGUGUGGAUUUGCCUGUAGCCAGACACAGGGAAGAGAUAGUGUCUCUGAUAGAAAGCAAUUCGGUUGUGAUUGUACAAGGAGCAACUGGCAGUGGUAAGAGCACACAGAUUCCACAAUAUAUUUUGGAUUAUUGCAUUCAGCAAUCUAUCUACUGCAACAUUGCUGUUACUCAGCCUCGGAAAAUUGGUGCCAGCAGCAUUGCCAGGUGGAUUAGCAAGGAACGAUCGUGGACACUAGGUGGACUUGUAGGAUACCAGGUAAGUUUAGAGAAAAUUUCCACAAAGGAGACAAGGUUGCUGUACAUGACAACUGGAGUUCUUCUUCAGAAAAUCGUUCGUACCAAAAGCCUAGCUGAAUUCACGCACAUUUUUAUUGAUGAAGUGCAUGAGCGUACAGAAGAAAUGGAUUUCUUGCUCUUGGUGAUCCGUAAACUGUUGCGUACAAAUUCACAGUCUGUAAAGGUAAUACUGAUGUCUGCUUCCAUCAGUUGUGAAGAAUUUGCUGAUUACUUUGCACUUUCAGUUCAUAACUGUCUGAAUCCAGCCUGUGUAUUUAAGGUGGAAGGCAAAUCUUAUGCAAUCAAAGAAUAUUAUCUUGAUGAUUUGAAGCACACUGUUCGUUUCAAGCUUCCUUCUCAAAGAAUUGAAGAACCAGUGAUAGUAAGGGAAAUGUAUGAAGUAGCAGUGUCUUUGAUUCAGUCAUUUGAUGAGUUGGAGAUGAAGAGCAAUAAGGAGAAAAACAUGAGUGUUGUAUCAGAACGUGGAAGCGUGUUAGUAUUUUUACCAGGUUUGAGCGAAAUAAGGUACAUGCACUCAUGUCUCUCAAAUAUGUUUAACAAAAGGUGGCAAGUGUACCCACUUCACUCAUGUGUGACAUUAGAGGAACAAAGUAAUGUAUUUUUGACUGCAGUUCCUGGCUACAGAAAAGUUAUUCUAUCUACAAACAUAGCUGAGAGCUCUGUAACAGUUCCUGAUGUUAAGUAUGUGAUAGAUUUCUGCUUAACUAGAACUUUGGUUUGUGAUGAGGAAACUAAUUACCAAAGUUUGAGACUCUGCUGGGCAUCUAAAACAAACUGUAAUCAAAGAAAAGGUCGUGCUGGACGUGUUUCCAAAGGCUAUUGUUAUAGACUUGUACACAAGGACUUCUGGACACAUUUUAUUCCAGAGAAUUCAGUACCUGAGAUAUUGCGUUGUCCAUUGGGAACUACAGUCUUAAAAAUAAAAAAGCUUGAUAUGGGGGGACCAAAAGCCUUGCUGGCAACAGCUCUUUCUCCACCCAACGUAGGUGACAUUGAACGUACCAUACUUCAGCUGAAAGAGCUGGGAGCACUUACAACUUGUGUGCAAACAGAAGAAAAUCCACAUGAUGGUGAGCUGACUUUCUUAGGAAGGGUAUUGGCACAGUUGCCAGUGGACCUGCAUCUUGGAAAAUUGAUAGUCCUUGGCCAUGUCUUCGGGUGCUUAGAAGAAUGUCUUAUUAUAGCUGCCGCACUCUCUUUGCGGAAUUUUUUUGCAGUACCUUUCAAACAACAUGUUGAUGGAUACAGGAACAAACUGUUUUUUGCUGGGAAUAGUAAGAGUGACUGUAUUGCAAUUGUGAAUGCAUUUAAGGCAUGGCAGGCCUGCAGACAAAAAGGGCAGCUGAGACAUCCCAAGGAAGAGCUUGAGUGGGGUCGAUCAAAUUGUAUUCAUAUCAAGAAGGUCAGAGAGGUGGCAGACUUAUUUCACAACUUGAAAGAGCGAGUUGGAGCAUUCAAUAUGUGUGUUAAUGCUCAGCCAUCUGCUAUGGAUCAGGAAUGUGUAUACAAACAACGCUUCAUUUUGCAGGUUGUAAUAGCUGGUGCUUUCUAUCCAAACUACUUUACUUUUGGAAAAUGUGAUGAAGAAAUUGCGGUGAGAGACUUUGCUGGCAAAGAUCCGAAAACCACUGUAAUGCUGAAGAACAUUCCUCCCUAUGGUUAUCUAUACCACAGACAGUUGCAGUCACUGUUCAGACAGUGUGGGCAGGUAAAAUCUAUUGCCUAUGAUGGAUCAAAGGCUUUCGUGGAGUUCUCCCGUAACCCAAUGGAGGGCUUUAAGAUUCUUCCUGCAGUGUACCUGUCACUCAAGAUGUCACAGCUGAAAAUUCCUCUUAAUCUGAACGUUCAUUAUCCAGAUGAUAUCAAAAGGCAAUUGCAAGAUGUGACAGCUGCAAGUGUGGAAUCUCUAAGAGUAAACGUGGACUGUCAGAAGCAGAUGGUGGAGCCUGUGGAAAUCUCAUUUGGUAGUUUGCAACAGUCAAAGAUGAUCCCAAAUCGUCUUCUGUCCAUCAAGAUAACAGAGAUAGUAGAAGUUGGACAUUUCUGGGGUUACAGGAUAGAUGAAAAAAACAGGACUGUACUGCAGGCUCUAACUGCUGACAUUAACUACCGGAACCUGAUGGAUUUGCCAGUGUCUCCACAUCCAGAGUUGGUUUGUCUGGCACCAUUCACUUCUCUGGAAAACAGAGGAUACUAUAGAGCUCGUAUUCUGCAUGUUUGUGGAGAUUUUGCUGAGGUUUUUUUUGUGGAUUAUGGCAAUAGAUCAAAAGUGCCUUUAAAGAAAUUAAAAGAGAUUCCAAGCUGUCUUCAAGAGCUUCCUUUCCAG